CGCCCACCUGUGUGUAUUUUGGCAGGCAGAUGUGACUAGGAAACUGCUUGCUGUGUCGUAAUAAGCAUGCCGAAUUAAAGAUAAGAUAAUAGUGAUUUUGGAUCAGGUCAGAUUUUGACAUUCAGUAUGCGUGACUGCAGAGAUGAGUCACGCAACGUUAAAAUGAUAAAUAAAAAUGUAAGCGUAUGCUGGAUGGAGGACGUAUACCCGGGUGGAAUGCGACUGUAUUCCAGCCAGGUGUUAUAAUCCCUUCAAACGUUUAUUACAGAAACACAAUGUUUCAGACGGGGAUGGUGGGAUACCCCGAGGCUCUUACUGAUCCAUCCUACCGCUGCCAGCUGCUGACCCUCACUUACCCUCUGGUUGGCAACUAUGGUGUGCCAAUGGAUGAAGAGGGAGAGUUCGGGCUGAGCAAGUGGUUUGAGUCAUACAAGAUCCACGCUGCUGCUUUGAUUAUUGGAGAACUGUCUGAAAGUCCCAGUCACUGGAGUUCAGCCAAGUCACUGGACCAGUGGCUCAAAGAGCAAGGCAUUCCUGGAUUACAAGGUGUUGACACCCGCUGCUUGACCAAAAAGAUCCGAGAGAAGGGGACCCUGUUGGGGAAGCUGAUAGUGGACGGGACUCCUGAGGAAAGUAUUCCCUUCGAUAAUCCCGACAAGAGGAACCUGGUCCGAGAGGUCUCCAUGAAGGAGCCAAAAGUGUUCAAUCAUAGCGGCAGCUUUCAUAUCACAGUGGUGGACUGUGGCAUCAAGUACAACCAGAUCCGCUGCCUGGCUCAGAGAGGAGCCCGUGUUACUGUCGUACCCUGGGACCACCCGCUGGACACCGCCGAUUUUGAUGGUUUGUUCGUCAGUAAUGGUCCCGGGGAUCCCCAGCUCUGUCAGGCCACCAUCAACAACGUGAGGAAGGUGAUCUCUGUGGACCAACCAAAGCCAGUUUUUGGCAUCUGUCUCGGACACCAGCUGCUCUCUCUGGUCAUUGGAGCCAAGACCUACAAGAUGAAGUACGGUAACCGUGGACACAACCAACCGUGCAUCCAUAAUGGGACAGAGCGCUGCUUCAUCACCAGUCAGAAUCACGGCUUCGCUGUCGACCCUGACACUUUGCCCAAAGACUGGGACGUGCUCUUCACAAAUGCUAACGACCACACCAACGAGGGCAUCGUACACAACACAAAGCCUCUGUUCAGGUAACAGUCUGUGAAAGAUGGAGUCCAGUGGUGAUUCACUCU